AAUAUGUAUUGGCGAACAAAACUGAUUAGUUGUGUUAAAGUGUGUCAGUAUAAUGGAUGAUAAAAGCAGUAUUACGCCUCGUAAACAGAUUACGCUAGUAUUCCGAAAAAUCCUCGAUUUUUACGAUAUCAUUACGAAUUAAUAGUAAUCUUUGUUGUCGUUAGAAAAGUAAAAAAAAAAAAAAAUAACCUCCAAAUACCAUCACAUUAAAGACGUCACUAUUAUUGAGUACAGGGUAGCCAACGUGUGAAAAUGUUGAAAUGUGUAUAGAAUUCCUAAACUAAUCCAUUAAAGUUCUGUGAUAUAAUAACAGUGUGCAUAUCCAUACCAAAGACCAGUUUCUGUUCUACAAACGGACAAAACCACGGAGGGUGUUAGAAAAAUUUGUAUUUUGUCAUCCUUGUCAUCCAAGCACCGGGACUACUGUCAAACGAUAACUGAAAUACAUUGAAAUCAUUAAGGGUUAAAUUGAUAAAUCGACAUGGAAGAAGAAAAAAAGGGGGAGCGACAACCAUUAUUAAAAGACGAAAAUGUCUAUUUUAAAUCAUAUAGCAGCGAUUAUGGCACGGCAGUAGAUGAAGCAGAAUCAACUGUCAGUACAAUAGGCCCUAAUGAUUUACCACCUCCAUACGAAACAAGCAGUCAAUAUGACUUGCCUAAGGUUACUUGCAGAGUUUGUCAAGCUAUGAUAGAUAUUUCUACUAAAAGAGAUCAACAUGUUGUCAAAUGUUCCCAGUGCAAUGAAGCUACGCCAAUACGAAGUGCACCAUCUGGAAAGAAAUAUGUCCGUUGUCCAUGUAAUUGUUUACUAAUAUGUAAGAAUUCUUCACAACGUAUUGCUUGUCCAAGACCAAACUGUAAACGUAUUAUUAAUCUUGCUCCAAGUCCAAUUACACCACCUGUUUUAUCUAUGCCUGGAAUGUGUAGGGUAGGCUGUGCUCACUGUCAUGACACAUUUUUGUUUAAUACCUUGAAUAAUGCUUUGGCUCGAUGUCCACAUUGCCGAAAAAUAUCUUCUGUUGGUCCAGAUUUUGCUAGGGGUCGAGGUAUUGCAUUCAUUAUUGUUGGAAUAAUACUCUUAGUGAUUGCAAUAGUUGUAACUGUUGAGACGCAUACAUAUGUGAAAGCUGCUGGAAUUUAUGUAGUUUAUGUUGGAGCAUUUCUCUUGGCACUUUUUUGCUUGGGACGUAGCAUUUAUUAUUGUACAAUGAAAAUUAGUAUGAUAGAAGGUCCUAUGUAA